GUUGUGGGUGACUUCACUUCUGUUGACCAUUCUCAUGCACGGUGUGGGUGGCUUCACUUCUGUUGACCAUUCUCAUGCACGGUGUGGGUGACUUCACUUCUGUUGACCAUUCUCAUGCACGGUGUGGGUGGCUUCACUUCUGUUGACCAUUCUCAUGCACGGUGUGGGUGGCUUCACUUCUGUUGACCAUUCUCAUGCACGGUGUGGGUGGCUUCACUUCUGUUGCAUGUUCAUUUUCUUAUUUUUGUUGUUUUUGUUCUUCUUUUUGUUGUUCUUCUUGUUCUUGUUCAUUGCUUUGCUUCUUCUUCCUCUGUGGAUGUGAGCAUGUUCUUGUUCUUUUUGUUCUUGUUCUUUUUUGUUGUUGUUCUUCUUCUGUGUGUUUUAUGGCAGACUACAACCUAAAAAGGUGUAUUGCUGCCACCAACUGGACUGGGUUGAAACAAACAAGGUAAAAAUAAAACCCAUAGGUGAUAGGGAAAACAAACUUAAUCCACCCAAAAUAAAACAAUUAAAAAAAAAACAUAUUGACAAAUCUGUAGCCUGUUGCUAAGUGUUUUUUGUUUGUUUUUGUGACACUGAUGUUGCUGGUGUGAAGUCAAAAAACUAUAGCAUCACUUCACUGCUCCUUUGGCGACAUCAUGAUGGACUGUUACCGGACAAAUUGUAAACAUGGAUAAAUGGAUAUAUUAUAAGUCAUUAAUUAUUGAUGUUUUAUCUCAUGCAUGACAAGGUUUGUUGUUAAUCAUUCACAGUCAAGCUAAUUAAAUUCAUUCAGAUAUACUAAAUUGCUAUAGAUUUGACUGACUUAACAUGAACUUUUUGCAAAGAUUGAAAAUGAAUGGAUAAGUAGAAAUGUUCACAGUUUUACCACAUUUCAAUAUUGUGUACCUGCUCCUCAGUUGCACACAACACAAAGGCAUCAUGACACAGGCUGUUGGAUCUGGUUCCUGAGUUUUGCCUGCGUUUUCAAACAAGCCCCGCUCUCAAGUUACACAUACAGUUAGUGAGAGGAGUGUUACUUCGAGGCACUUGCUCUGUAGGCUAUGCAUUUCUUCAUCGUCUCAGGGUGUUGAAAGGUAAGACUGCAUCUUAUUUAUAAAAUCAGAAUGGGAGCUCAAAUGAAUGUGUUUUGAAACCGUUCUGGGCAGUUACAAUAAGUAUCUUCAUUCAAUAGGAUUGCAUUGAAGUUUUUCCAGCAUCAGCAGACUGAAUAUUCAUGAAUUUGUUGGUUGUAGAUGUAAACACCACAGUUUGUUUACUGUUGGGAACCUCCACAUUAUAUUCACUUUCACACUGAGUCACAUGCUUCAAUUCAGGCGGUAGUUACAUGAUGAUGGGUCCUAUCAGCUUUAGCAGUUCUAGUCAUUUGUUUCAGUAUCUAAAUGACUUGAUUAUUUUUGGCUCUGGGAAUGAAUAUUGCUUUCAUUUUGUUCUAGUCUGUCUCUGCUUUAAACAGGUUGAUGUCUUGCCAAAACAGUCAGGUACCCACCGACCAGGCUCAGUCAUCUUACCUCAGGCUCAAUGACCUGUAUAAUGUUACUUAGUCUCUCUUGCUCUCCCAUAUUCCCAUAUAUAAGUCAAGUGGCCAUCUUAGGUUGGGCAAGGUGUAAGCUGAGAGUUUGAUUGGAGGGAACAGUGUUUGUUUGGAGAUACACGCAUGGCUGUUGAAUAAUUCACCUGGCCCAGUAUGUAUUACUAGGACUAAGCUGUUACUUUUACUCAACUAUGAGGUACUUUUUUCACCUUUGCUGUUUUCUGUGUUGGAAAAUAAGUACUUUACAUUGCUGUUUUAGCUGUCUUAGCUGUCAUAGCAGUCUUAGCUGUCAUAGCAGUCUUAGCUGUCAUAGCAGUCUUAGCAGUCUUAGCUGUCAUAGCAGUCUUAGCUGUCAUAGCAGUCUUAGCUGUCAUAGCAGUCUUAGCUGUCUUAGCAGUCUUUUAGCUGUCAUAGCAGUCUUAGCAGUAUUUAGGCCAUUAUAAACCAUAUGUUAUUACUGUUACUAUAUCCAUUUGAUAUGACUAUGUUAUUACAAUAUUAUUACUGAAUUCCUUUAGAAGAAAAAUGCUAAACUACUGUCACAGUAGUCCUGUUCUAUGCUCCAUAAAUUCAAUCAUCUCCGAUAAACGUCUCUCUCUACAAUAAAUCCUUCUCAUUAACCACCUGCUUUUAUUAGUAGGUUUAUUUUUAUGUCCUCCUGUGAUCUGUAAUUCCAUUAUCCAUAUUGUGUGUGUGAUUAACCUGUGAUUAACAUUUUUCUGCACGUACACUGACAAAUAUACCACAACUCACUGGCAGUUCUCAAUUACCAUUGACUGAUGGCCAUGUGACUAGUAACUAGCCUGCUGAUUGCUUCUGUAUUGCCCAAUACUAUCUUACUGUAAAUUGCCUCAGGGGCAAGUUGCUGCAGUACUGUUUUAAAGUUACCCAGAUCAGGGGCAUUCAUACGCACCACUGUGAGUCUGUGUGGAUAUCUCCACAUCCCUAACCCUAAUAAAGGGGGGCAUAUGUCCCUGUCCUCAUAGGGGGUGGAGUGGGAUUUAAAAAUUCAGCCCAUAAUCCCACUAAUCCAGAGCAACGUCUUAAAUUGCCACUGCUCCUUCUCAAUGGGGUUGAGCAUUGAGGAACACACACACACACACACACAAACAAACACAGACUACCACACGCAUAAGAGUGCCCAGGCACACGCUCCAAUUAGUGUUCAUCAACCCCUUUCUGUAUGACACACACAGUGAUUCUGGGCCAGUUUCCGUCCCUUGGAGGACAUCACCUAGCAGUGAGAGAGAGCAGGAAAAAGACAGAGGAGUAUUUAUAGAAGAAAAUGGGGGCCCUUUUUGGAGAGAGGUUUUAUUAAGGAGCGGAGUAGAGCGAGGGCGUCCCAGUUUUAUCAUUAACACUGCAAACGGCCUGCAGGACUGCAAGGACACACUCUGGGAGGAGAUUCUGGAGUAACUCUGUGACAAGUCUUCAUGUACUGUCACCCUUUUCUUGUGUUGCGGUGGCAGUGUGGAUGACUCUGUAGAGGACUCUGUGGAUGACUCUGUGGAGGACUCUAAGAUGGGGUAUUUUGAAUUGACAGCCCCUCUAGUUUGAAUGGGGGCUGUUGGUAUGGUCCAAGAGGCUUUUUAACUGUACAGCCAGGUUGGAUACUAGCUCACAGAUAGGCCGCCUGCAGUUUGAUACAAGAUGAAGAAAUUUCUGCAGAACAAGAAAGGCAAAUACUCUUUCAGGAACCAGAACAAGCCUGCUGUUCCUCGCUAUCCAUCUAAAGAUGACUUCAUUGCGAUGCCGACAUCCAAUCAGGGCUGGCCAGAGGAGUUUGGCUUCCAGCUGGGAGGAAGUGGUCCUAGCUACAUCCUGUCUGUGGAGGAGGGGAGCAGUGCCGACCUGGCGGGGCUGCAGCCAGGUGACCAGGUGCUGGAGAUCGAGGGCCAGAAUGUGUCCACUCUGGGAGUCCAGGCUGUCAUCUCCAUCGCUCAGACCCAGAGGAACAUCCCUCCCAGCAUCGGAGUGGUGUCUCGCAUCCAGCAGAUGGACAUCACCCCAGGUCCUGAUGGUCGUUUCGGCUUCACCAUCGUGGGAGACUGCCCCCUCCUGGUGGAGGACUGUUCGCCCUGCUCUCCGGCGGGACGGGGUGGCCUGGGGGCCGGUGACUACAUCAUGGAGGUCAACGGGAUCCCGGUGAGGCAGCACGAGAUGGCGGCGGCGCUGAUCAAGGCGUCCCAGGGGCGUACGCUGAGGCUGGGGGUGCUGUGUCUGGGGCCCAGACAGAAAGUACGCAGCAGUGGGAGUAUGGAUGGGAUACAGCCUGGAGGAGACGGGAUGAGGAAGGACCGCAAACACAAGGCCCUGGAGUUCAACAGGAAGAUUGACCAGAUUUUGGGGGAGGAGCCAGAGGUGAAGGAGAGGCUGUUUGCGGUGCUGAAGCAGUAUGCUGCGGAGAAGAAGGUUGAUUGGCUGGCCUCUGUCCUCCCAGACAUCCUCACCACUGACGAGCAGCAGACGCUCAUCGGCAACAUCAGGAUCUUCAUCCCCAAGAAGCACCGACAGCGGUUCGACGAGGCCGUGUCCCAGAGCCUGAUCCAGAAGAUCUGUCGCAGUAAGAGCAUCAGCGAGCCGGGCCGGCAGGGCCGUCUGAGACGUAGCCGCAGCGAGGACCACCCCGACCGCCACCACGGCUCCAAACGGGCCAGCUCAGUACCUCGGGAUCCUGGGGAGGACGGAGGGGGACAGGAGAGAGGAGAGAGCGGGUACAGGAAGUCGACGUUGGGCAAACCUGGGCAUCAAUCAGAAGCCAAUCAGAGCCUCCAUGCUCCCCCCAGGACAGUGAGGGUUUACAGAGGGAAGAAGAGUUUUGGGUUCACCCUGAGAGGCCAUGCCCCUGUCUGCAUCGACUCUGUCAUCCCAGACAGCCCCGCUGAAGACUGUGGUCUCAAACCGGGCGACCGCAUCCUUUUCCUCAAUGGGCUGGACAUGAGAAACUGUUCCCAUGAGAAGGUGGUGUCCAUGCUGCAGGGCAGUGGGGCCAUGCCCACCCUGGUGGUGGAAGACGGACCCUCUGGUUACUCCCACUCUGACCAGAGUGACCAGGAAGACUCUUCCACAGGCCUUGCCCCUGCCGUGGCCCCCAGGUCCCGCUCCCGCUCCCCGGUCCCCCUCUGCUCCUUGCAGUGGGUGGCUGAGAUCCUACCCCCCAGCAUCAGGGUCCAUGGUCGCACCUUUAGCCAGCAGCUGGAUCAUCUCCUGACGGUGCAGGAGAGAUACACCAUCUGCAAGUCCCUGGAGACCUUCUUCCAACAGAGGUGUAACAGAAUCAGAGUCACCAAGACAAAUUCCCUAUCAACAUUACUGAAUAGCAAUAAACCUUUUCGAAAGAACGUGGACACCCUGAUUGUUGAUGUGUUCCCGGUGUUGGACACUCCAGCCAAGCAGGUGAUCUGGCAGUUCAUCUACCAGCUAUUGACCUACGAGGAGCAGGAACACUGUCAGAGCAAGAUUUCACGCUUCCUUGGUUUUAAGACUGCAGCAGCAACAGAGCCAGAGCCAGGUGCAGGACAGGAGCACCAUAGGAGGAGCAGCUCAGUGCGUGUGUCAGGCACCUCCUACAGAGGCACCGUACGGGAGAGGAGCUCUGAUGACUGCAUCAUCAGAACACACCUGGGAAUGGGGAUUCAUGUGGCUGCACCAGGGAGUGGGAGUGGGACACCCGGAGAGAGACAGUGUGGAGACGGCACCUCCUUCCCAGAAUCCCCUGACCUGAAUCACAUGUCAGGAGUGUACACGGAACUGGAGAGUGUGUACACAGGGAAGAGUGCCAUGAAGGCCGUGCAGCAGAAUCACAGUCGCUGCUCUCCAUUGACCCAGCCUGACCGAGAGGAGCUGGAACAGACUGACGCCUAUGGCCAGUCUCCAGCUCGCUCCUCUCUCAGUCAAGGUAGCACAGGGAACCGUAAAUCAGGUCUGUCUCUGACAUGGAAGGAACCUUUGCCCGACCCUCUGUAUGAGUUCUACCACGGGGGAACCAUCCCCUCUCCGGGCAGCGCUGACUCCAACCCCUAUGUGAGCCUGGAGAGCCCGCUUCCAUCCCCCCAGAACUCUGACGACCCCACCAGCCCCCUGUCCAGACGCAGGAAGCUUUUCACAUUCUCCAGACCCCCCCGGAGCAGGGACACGGACAAGUUCCUGGACGCUCUGAGCGAACAGCUGGGACACCGUGUCACUCUGGUGGAAGACUUCCUCCCUGGAGAGAAUGACUAUGAGGAGAUGAGUUUCCAGGAUGAGCAGGAGGUGAGCUACCUCCCCCGCCAGCUGAGCAGUGCCAGCAGUGAGGACAUCAGCAGCAACGAUGAGGCCACCUCCCUCUCCUACUCCUCCGGGUCAGAACACAUCCCCAUCCCCCCACCCCCGCAGAGCGCCCCGCCACCCCCGCCCUUGCCCACCCCCUUACCCCCGCCACCCUUCGGCUUCUCCGACCCCCUCCCCAUUACCCCUGUCCUCUCCCACUUCUCCCCCGAACACAUCCCCCGGGCGCGCAUGUCCUUCCAGCCGCAGCACCCCAUCAUCCCCCCUCCCCCGCCUCCCCCACGGGCCUUCAUGUACAACAGGCCGUCUCUACACAAGGUGCUGCCAACCAGAGAUGAGCUACAGGGCUGUGUCCACCACCAGGCUACUCAGAUGACUCUCCCCCUGGGCCCUCGCUACUCUCCCCAGCCCUCUCGCCCCAGGAACCUGCCCCGCCAGGCCAGCCAGCCUCAGCCCCUGACCCAGCCCAACCUGUGUCCCCAGCCCUCCCCUCAGCCCAACAGGCAAAGCCAGCUCGCCCUCCAGAGGCACCACCAGCUUCACCACCAGCCCCAGCUGAGCCACAGCCUUCCCCCUAAAGCCCCUCACCUGUCCCAGCCCCAAAGUCACCCUCCCCAGCCCCCUCACUCACAGACCUAUGAGACCCCCAUCUCAGUGUCAGAACUCCAGACACAAGGUCCCCCACCACCCCCUCCACCACUGCCGCCCCCCUGCGACCCGCCUCCGCUGCCCAAUUCCAGUCCCUGUGCUGGGGACACCAAUCACAUGAGUGUGAAGAGACUGCGCUGGGAGCAGGUGGAGAACUCUGAGGGAACCAUCUGGGGACAGCUUGGAGAGGACCCUGACUACGACAAACUGACUGACAUGGUGAAGUAUCUCGAUCUAGAGAUGCACUUUGGUACCCAACGGAGUUCCAUCUCUCUUCCAGAGCCAGCCUUCCUGCCCGAGAGCUUUAAAAAGAAAGACGUGGUGGAGAUUCUGUCUCAUAAGAAAGCCUACAACGCCUCUAUCCUGAUCGCCCACCUGAAGCUGUCUCCAGGUGAGCUGCGCCAGGUGCUGAUGACUAUGAGCACAGACAGACUGGAGCCGGCCCACAUCAAGCAGCUGCUGCUCUACGCCCCCGAUGACCAGGAAGUCAAACAGUACCAAUGCUUCGACCAGAACUCCGCCAAACUCAGCGACCCUGACCAGUUUGUCCUGCAGAUGCUGAUGGUCCCUGAGUAUAAGACUCGUCUGCGGAGCCUCCAUUUUAAGACAGCCCUGCAGGAGAAGACAGAGGAGAUGAAGGCUGGAUACGAAUGGAUCUAUAGGGCCUCGAUAGAACUCAGGAGCAGCAAGAAACUGGCCAAGAUCCUCGAGUUUGUGCUGGCAAUGGGGAAUUACCUGAACAAUGGUCAACCCAAGACAAACAAAACAACUGGCUUUAAGAUCAAUUUUCUCACUGAGCUCAGCACCACUAAAACGGUGGAUGGUAAAUCCACCUUCCUCCACAUUCUUGCCAAAUCGCUAUGCCAACACUUCCCAGAACUGUUGAACUUUGCCAGGGACCUCACAACCGUGCCACUCGCAGCCAAAGUGAAUCAGCGUAUCCUGACGGCUGAGCUGGCUGACAUUCACUCCACCAUCCAGGACAUCAGGACAGCCUGUCAGAAGAUCCCAGCCACGGCCGAGGAUCACUUCGCUGCCGUCAUGAGUGGUUUCCUGGAGAACAGUCACCCAGCGGUUCAGUCUCUGGACUCUCUGCAGCUGAGAGCCAUGGAUGAGUUCACUAAGGUGGCGUCGUACUUCGGAGAGGACAGCAAGGUCACCUCCACUGAGGCCUUCUUCGCCAUUUUUGCCGAGUUUACUUCCAAGUUUGAGAGAGCACUGAAUGAGACCCAGGCCACUGAGAACCCCUGCAGCCCCAGAGUGCCCUCUCCCCUGGCCUGGUAGAGACUGGAUAGCUCCUCUGCUCUCAUCAACCAAAGUGCCAAGACAACUCAAAGAAACAGUCACAACUACUGGGACUGCGGAAUGCCGUAGGGCCAGGAGUUCUUCCUGACCAUGUGAUCUGACCAAAAGAACUCUCAUCCAAAGGGUCCAGAGUUUCUCCUGGGAAGGUCAAGUAGCUCUAUAUGUUCAGAUAACAUGAGUAUAUAUUUUAUAUUGGAUUGUAUUAAAUUGAAAGUAUAAUGAAAUUGUAAAGAUAAAGCAUAGAUGUACUGCCAAAAUAAAGGAAACACCAACAUAAAGUGUUUUAAUAGGGCGUUGGGCCACCAUGAGCCAGAACAGCUUCAAUGCACUUUGGCAUAAAUUCUACAAGUUGUCAUAACUAUAUUUUGAGGGAUGCUACACCAUUCUUCCAUGAGAAAUUCCAUAUUUUGUUUUUUGUUGACGGUUGUGGAAAACGCUGUCUCUGGUGCUGCUCCAGAAUCUCCCAUAAGUAUUCAAUUGAGUUUUGAUCUGGUGACUGAGAGUGACACACACACACACACACUUUAGCCAUGGUAGUCGUAAUAAUGGGCAACUGGGAAUUUUUGUACAUGACUCUAAGCAUGAUGGGAUGUUAAUUGCUUAAUUAACUCAGGAACCACACCUGUGUGGAAGCAUCUGCUUUCAGUAUACUUUGUAUCCCUCAUUUACUCAAGUGUUUCCUUUAUUUUGGCAGUUGCCUGUAUAUGUAAAUAUCCUUGACAUUUUAGAUGGCUGAUAGUCAGACGUAUAUGAAUUUUAUCUAGAGCUGUGCGCUAUUUUUACAGAUGGACUUGAUCUGCCUACAACAGAAACACAUAAUCACUGCCUCGUAGAUUGUGAUGUUAGAAUGCAGUAUAAACCUACCUUGAAGCAUUACAUUGGCAUGACAAACGUACUGUGAAUUGUUAUUACAAUAUUUAGAGGCUUUCUGGUGCCAAUGUAAUUGCAGUCAUCCUAACAAUUGGCAUUUCAAAACUUGCUCUGGGCAGGGGCAACAAAAAUAAUACCACUCUCCUAAGUGUAUUAAAAGUGUUUUACAGUAUGAGGAGCAUAUGUGAAAUAUGAGGGUUAACCCACUGGGGCUAAUAUAUGAAUAGCUGCUAACUGAAAGACAUCAAUCCAUGUUAGCAUUGAGUGGCCCAGGUGGCUCUUGCGGUCACUGGGGUUGUUACUGAUGAACCGUCCAUUUCACUGCCAUAACUUUCACCUGUAUCAACAGUCUUCUUUUAGAACAAAUAUUCACUGUUUGCUAGUGUGCAUUUAAAGCUGUUUUGAAUGUAUUUCUUGCGUUUCUACUUUCCCUCCAAAAUUCCUUUUCACAUAUACAUUUCAGUCAGAGCUGCCAUCAUGAAAAUACAAACAUAUUGAUUUACAGACCUGUUGUACCAGGCAAUGUGUCAUCAUGUUAAAAAAGACUGCUACAUAUUUAAAUCUUGCCACAAGUGCAGUACAGUUUUAUGACAAGCAUUUGCAUGUUGCUGUCUAUAGGUGUUGUUUUGUGUUAAAAUGAUUGUACAUCUGGAUUUGUUUACUUUUAUUGUAUUCUCACAAGUUGGGUCUAAAAUGUAGACCUAUUAUAACUCUAGAUCAAUUUAAGUUUGUUAAUGUAUUUAAAUGUUCAUUUUGUAUAGCCUAAGUGUGUUUUGUCUAUGUUUUCAUUGAUAUUAAUGGAGUACUUUGUAUAGUUCAAAAAGUAUUGACUUUUUAUGUUGGCCAUGUGGUUACUUCUGGAUCAGUUGUACUUGUUUUGGAUCUGUAAAAAUACAUAAAUGCUUGACAAAUAAACUGCCUGAUACCCACGAGCUUUUUCGGAGCCAGAGAC